CUUUGCUAUUGGCUGCCAGCGUGGAACGCACAUUGGCACCUGCGCGGUAACACGAGGGGCAGCAGGAUGGAGGCGCUACUGAGGAACGAGCUGGACACGGCGCUGCUGAAGGCCACGGGGCACAUAGGAGGGGGCUGCAUCAACCAAGGGCAGAGCUAUGACACUGACAGGGGACGGGUCUUUGUGAAGAUCAACCACAAGCCUGAGGCAAAACAGAUGUUCUUGGGCGAGAAGGCAGGCCUGGAAGCCAUCCUGCAGACUGAAACCGUCCAAGCUCCUAAGCCCAUCAAAGUUAUUGACAAUCCAGCAGGAGGCGCUAUGUUGGUCAUGGACCAUCUGGACAUAAGAAGUCUUAAUAGACAUUCUGUAAAGCUGGGAGAGCAGCUGGCGGACCUCCACCUUCAUAACCAAAGGCUGAGAGAGAAGCUGGACAAGGAAAGUGGUUUUGUAGGGAAAGGCCCCGGACAGUCCGAGAUCCAGUAUGUAGAUAAAUUUGGCUUCCAUACAACGACCUGCUGUGGCUACAUACCCCAGGUGAAUGACUGGCAUGAUGACUGGGUCACUUUCUUUGGCUGCCAGCGUAUCCAGCCCCAAAUGGACAUGGUGGAAAAAACAACUGGGGACAGAGAGGCCAGAGACCUUUGGUCACAGAUACAGGUGAUGAUCCCAGACCUGUUUUUUGAUAUGGAGAUUGUGCCAGCACUGCUUCAUGGAGACCUGUGGGGUGGAAAUGUGGGAGAGCUUGAAACAGGGCCUAUCCUUUUUGACCCAGCCUCUUUCUAUGGCCACUCGGAAUUUGAACUGGCCAUAGCUGGCAUGUUCGGGGGAUUUGGGGGUUCAUUUUAUUCCGCCUAUCACGCAAAGAUCCCCAAAGCCCCUGGCUUUGCAAAUCGCAUGAAAAUCUAUCAGCUUUUCCAUUAUCUCAACCAUUGGAACCACUUUGGCAUCGGAUACAGAUCAUCCUCUCUGAGCACCAUGAGAAGUCUCUUAAAGUGUUAGUCCGAAUAGUACCGCCUUUAAAGGGGAGAUCUAUUCCAUCUAGUUGGGUGUAUGUGAAAUUGGAGCAUGCGAACCAUCUGCAGCAAAAUAAAACUCUGCUUUUGCCUAACAUCAAAACUCCAUAGCGAGCUUUUCUCCAGUUGUUAUAGGAAUCUUGUGUUAUUAGUAUGAGCAGUAUGGGACCAGUGCAUCCCAUGUGGCCAUCCAGUCAGAGAGAUUUGGGUAGGAGCAACUGUCAGGGGACCAACCCCCAAAUCAUUCAUGAAAUCCACAUUAUGUGUUUAGCAGUGCUUCUGCCUCAGAUAAAGGCCCCCAUGCCAGGCCCAGACUAGCAAUCUGUGGGGUUUUGCCAAAUGCCACUAGUGAACCCUGGAGUUUCCACCACCCUGAAUGUGAUGCGCCAAUAGGCACCAUAGACUUGCACAAAAAGAAUCACACAAAAUGCUUUUAAUGCUGAGUGAUGCAAUCCUGACUCCAAAAUCUUAAUUACAUUUUCCUUUGUGGCUGCAUUUACACUGGAAUUAUGACAAAAAUGCUGCAUCGUGCCUAAAAAAAAUAUGGAGAUUUGAGUCUAAAAUUACACUUUGGCUCUGCACUUGUAGUCGGAAAUGAGCCCUAAAGAUAUAAACAAAAUCAGCCAAUGUUUUACCUGGCUACCUUUAUCACAUGGGAUCACUUUAUAUUUACCCCCAAUGGCAUCAACAUUUGCACAUCUUUAUAAGUGAGUUGUGCCUCAGUGAUCUGACUUACCCUUUAGAACGAGGUGUCAAUUUAUCCUCAAAUAAUCAUGUGGUAAUUGCUGUUGUCCCCUAUGUGUUGUUCCUUAUAAAGAUGACUUUCCCAGUUAUUAAGUCCUGGUAAUGUUAUUAAAAUGUUUCUGUAUUGUUGUAAAUACGAGUUUAAUAAAUGUCUGUUGCUGUUUGUCUGAUAA